AUGACUACCAUGCCAACACCUCACGGCGGCGAUGCGAGUAGGAAGCCUGCUCGGACCAGAGACCGCAAGCCACGAGGGCGCGGUCUGCGCACGCGAACCGGCUGUAUGACCUGCCGCAAACGACAUCUCAAGUGCAACGAAGAGAAGCCAGUGUGCGGACCAUGUGCUCGGAGCAAUCAUGACUGCGUCUAUGCCGAUCCCUCGUCCAUUCAAGCAGCCACCCCCUACAACCCAACAUCCCAUCCAGCUCCCUCGCUGGCGGAACAGCCUCAGUCUGAGCAUCACCUUUCUCAACCCGCGUCGCCUGACUUUUAUGACACCGCCACGCCGCUCGCAUGCUAUUCGAGCAAUGCUGGCGCAGACAACCAUUCACAGAUGACUACUGUGCUGGCAGGUUGGGACGAAAACUCCAGUUCUCAACAAGACUCGCCUCGAUCCAAGGCGCCGCCUGUCUCGGUGACCGGUGAGCUCUCGCCUGGUGCGCCUUAUUUGCAGUCCCUAAUGCAAACGAGUAUCUCGUCUCAAAGCAUCUAUGCUGUGUCGAGUCCCGAAGAUAUCCCAACCGCUUGCCACAUCUCGAAAUCGGGUCCUUUGGCCGAUGCAGCGAUUGCGAAGUGGUUCGGAUUACUAGCUGGGGACGCCGAGUUCGAGGGAGAGCCUGCCCCGGUCAGCUUCAACGGCCGUCCACAUGUUCAACCUGAUACACGUACCUCCUCUCUCUCAGAGUUGGCGAACGCCCAGAGUCAUUUACGUGCCGAGUUCCCUUCCAGCAUAUCUGGCCCUGCAUUGGGGGCUGCCCGGACCGCCUCUCAUCGGAUUCCCUACUCUCACCCAGUGCCUCCCGAUUCGCACCUAUGGCAGUCGACCGCAGCAUUGACUCUCAGGCCUCAUGAAACCAAGAUAUUCAACCAUUUCGUGAACCGGAUCAGCCGUUGGAUUGAUCUCUUCGACCCAAUACGUCACUUCUCGACAUAUGUCCCUCACUUGGCGAUGCACAACGUCGGAUUGUUGAACGCCAUACUGGCAUUGUCAGUGAGACAUCUGUCUCUUAGUCCAACGAGCGAAAAUGGAGCUGUCCACGACAGAAACGAGUCCCUUCCCUAUUACCACGAAACUUUACAUUAUGUGCAAAAGGCGAUGCAGUAUGAUUCGUACAACACCAGUGCUGAAUUACUCGCCACGUGCCUAAUCAUUUCUGCGUAUGAGAUGCUGGACGGGUCCCGGAAAGACUGGGAGCGGCAUCUGCAAGGGGUGUUCUGGAUCCAACGUGCGCAGAGGAUCGAUGGUGAUUCAUUUGGCCUUCACCGAGCCGUCUGGUGGGCGUGGCUGUGCCAGGAUGUGUGGGCUGCGUUCAAAGAGAAGCGGAAGCCCUUCAAUUCCUGGACGCCGAGCAGGGAUUAUGGCGAGCUGAACUCUUACGAAAUAGCCGCACGUUCAGUCUACGUGUUGGCCCAAGUUGUCGCGUACUGCUCCCAGGAAGAGAUGGCACGAGGAGAAGUCGACAUCAGGCCGCGAAUCGAUAGGGCAGAAACCCUUGGUCACAUGCUUGAUGACUGGCAGCGACAUCUACCCAUCGAGUUUAACCCCUUGCCAUUGGAGAGCGGAGGAUCUGCUGUCUUCAAGCCAAUCUGGGUUCAUCCUCCGGCUUUCGGCGUCGCGAUUCAAGUGCACUGCGCCGCUCGCAUUCUGCUUCUGAUGCAUCGACCUUUCCUCCGGGGCUUGGCCGACCUUGUGCACCAGCAAAGAGAGAUUGGAACUUAUAUUGAGACUAUUUGUGGGCUAGCUGUUUCUACAGCGUCCGAUUACGCGUCGAGUAGCAUGACAUCUCAGUGUCUUUUCAUAGCUGGGCUAUGUGUGAGAGACCUGCGCCAACGUACGGCACUCGUCGAACUUCUUGACCUAUGUCACCGUUCUAGUGGGUGGCCCAUUCAGUCUCUAUCAAAAGAGCUAUAUAUGGUUUGGAAUGGGUUCCAAAAACAUCCGUUUCCAUGA